AUGUCUGUGCGGGGCGCCUUGGCGUGCGCGGGCGAAGAGUUUCUGAGCGGCGUCAAGGCCAACGUUGCGGGAUGCCACGAGUUCUGGACCAAUCCCACAGAGGCCAAGAAGCAGUACACCACGAGCUACCUCAAGUCCUUAGUCAUCUCACUGCUAGUGACGAGUCUGGUCUCGGCACUUCUGCUGAUCCCCAUCCACAUCAUCUUCUACAUGGUUCGCCUCACCUUGUACUUCACAAACCCCGAAUGGACCGAAUCUGUCCGGGCAAUGCACAGUCACAUCACCUUCUACAACCUCCUCUUCGACGCAUGCUGGUAUCUGCCGUUGGUCAUCCUCUUCAUGGCCAGGAACCUGGGCCUCUUCAGCUCGAAGCCCUUCUUCUCCUACCUGGACCACUGCCCUAAGGUGCGAGAAGGCCUCACGAGCCUCCCGGUGCAGUCCGAUAAGUAUUGGAUGUGGUUCAAGGCGUCUUUGAAGUCCAUUGGCAAGUUGGUGCUUCUGUCCUUGGUGGUCUUCCUGCUGAAGAUGGGCUUCAAGCGUCUCCAGCACGGCCUAUCGGUGGCCACUGUGCUCUACACACAGUAUGCCAAGUACUACCGGAAGGUGAAGGUCUUUGCCGACCCGAAAUAUGGCAAGAAGACGGGCGAUGCAGACGUUGCCCGAAUGCCCUGGCUAAGCCGGGGGCACAUACUGAUGCUCGUAGUGAAUUUGGGGGUGGCCUACCUCAUUUUCGACAACGUGGGAGCAGCGACCCUCUUUCUGCGCUUCUACGAGUGGUACAUCGCCUCCAUCGCCCUGAGCACUGAGCUGCUGGGGGAGUACACCUACAGGCUGAACUAUCAACAAACUAACAUUUUCGUGUACAAGAAAGGCUGGUACUUGUGCGGCUUUGGCACCGUGGUGCUGGUGGGCUUCUACGUGCCCUUCGUGGGGCUUCUGCUGUACCACAGCUUUCAGUACGCGGGGGCGAAGUUGUUGGUGACCAUGCUGGAGCGGGAGUCCGGGGAGCCAAAGAUGUUGCUCUCAGCCAAGCGACAGAAGGUGGAGGAAGAGGAGGAGGAGCCGGAGGUUGGCAGACUCAACUUUGAGGCUGACAGUGCCGACUUGCCCUUCGACGCCACUAUCGGGCGUGCCGGGCAGAAGGUGCGAAAGCUGCAGGCGAACCUCCGGAAGCAGGAGGCGGAUGCGGAGAAGCUGAAGAGUGCUGAGGCGCAGGGCAAGGGCGAAGAGCUCCGGAAGGAGCUAGCGAUUCAGAAGGCGCUGCAGCGCGCUCGCGGAGAGAAGGUGCACGAUGACGUGAGCAAGCUGCGGAAGGUGCACAAGAAUCUGGAGAUGAAGAAGAAAAAGGGCCAGGAGCGUUGGGAGGCAAAGAUUGAGAAUGACAAGCAGAAGGUGGAGGAGCAGCAAGCGCAGCGCAAGGAGAACCUCAAGAACCGAGGUACCAAGAAGAAGGCCAAGAUGUUGCAGCGCAUGGGCUUCGAGGGCGAGCGCACCGGCUGGCUGAACUCGGGCCCCUACUGA